CAACACACACAACACAACACACACAGAUACACACACAACACACGCAUACGAUCGGCUCUUCCUGUUAAAUACAAUACGUCGUUAAGUAAUUUCAGGGAGUUUUUCUCCCAUUUCCAACGGACCGAGCAAACAUAUUCAGGUUUCCUCAAUCUGAUUGUUUCUUCUAUCUUUAAAUGGUUUGUUACAUCACAAACUCAACUGCUGUAAUUUCCCAGAACUACGAAAAUAACUCCACUGAUUUUGUUAACAAAUCGAGGUCAAACGAGAAGUACAAAAACAGAAUCACAUUAAAUGAACAUUACUUUCAGUUUUGCAUUACGUUUCAUAGCAGAAAGUCAAUGAUCAUCUUAACGGAUAGUAGAUAAUUUUUUCAAUGCUUUAAUAAGCGAAAGAUAUCGUUACUGGGAUAUAUUGAACUUCCCAAAUCAUUUCAGCAAUGGCAGACACCUUGGAGCAGUUGGAUGGCUUCUCCAGCAUCAUAGCUGCUUUCCUUGCAAAAAAGCUGGUAUCACAGACUGAAAUUAACGAGGAUUUGUGUAGUGCCAUUAGCCAUACAUGGACUGUAUUUCUGUUAAUUAUAUUUGCUGUUAUUGUCACAUUUACCUACCUCAUAGGAGAGCCAAUCCAUUGCCUAGCUCCUCCGAACUGGCCAAAACAAGAGGUAAAUUAUGCGAAAUCAUAUUGUUGGGUUUCAAACACUUACUAUAUUGGAAUGAAGUACCCCAUUCCUACGGACCCUACAAGUCGCACAGAAGAAGAAGUUACUUAUUACCAGUGGGCACCUAUUAUUUUCCUUUUCAUGGCAACUCUUUUUAAGACUCCUGAUAUGGUAUGGAGAUUUGUGAACUCAAUGUCUGGUAUUAGAUUAAAGAAAAUCAUUGCUUUGGCUCAGAGCUCUCUGUUAGAGUCGCCAGAAAAGUAUAAGAUGAAUAUAAGAAAUAUUGCUUGUUUCAUUGACAUGUGGUUGGAAGGCUGCUGGAAACGGAAGUUGCACCGUGUAGUAACAAUAAAAGGAAGAAAUUUAAAUGUUUCUUGGCUUCCGUUUUCAAAAAAGGAAGGGACAUAUUUUAUCAGCUUCUAUAUCUUCGUAAAAUUCUUGUUCACUGUAAAUGUCAUUGGACAGUUUUUCUUAUUGAAUGCAUUCCUCUCAGACAAUUUUACACCCUAUGAUAUUUUUCGCACAAUUCCUUCAAAAGGAUCUGCAAGGUUUCCUCGUGUGACUCUCUGUGAUUUAGAAUUAAGGCAGUUACAGAACAUUCAUCUCUACACUCUCCAAUGUGUUCUUCCAGUUAAUCUAUUCAAUGAAAAAAUAUUCAUUUUUCUUUGGUUUUGGUUAAUCUUUGUUGCUGUGGUUACAUGUGCAAAUGUUGUACUAUGGAUUUAUCGUGCAAUCUUUUCCAAACGUCAGAGUAAAUAUGUUUUGCACCAUUUGAGCCCCUCUAAAAAUAUACUUAUAAAGGCUGAUGGUAAGAAAAUGUUCAAGCAUUUCACAACUGAUUAUCUGCGGAAUGAUGGGUUUUUUAUAUUACGAAUGAUUGCUAAGAACACAACGAAUUUGGUUCUUGAAGAUUUGCUAAAAGAAUUAUGGCAUUUGUACAAUAAGAGAAUUGAUCAAAACUUUCAACAACCAGGAAACUGCAAUACUUUCAAUGAUAUUUUACGAGAAAAUUUGCCUGCACCACAUAUCUUAAAAUCUUUGAUAUAUAAAAGAAAUAUUAGGUCUCCCUGAUAAUGACUUCUUCUAUCAAAGUCACUUCUGUGAUCCUUGAAUGAGACAUCUCAGAGCUAGCUAAUAUCUUCAUCAACCAUUUCAAUCUCUCUCUCUUUCUCUACUCUCUCUCUGAAUCUGUCUAAAUCUUUGAUAAUUAAUCAUAGUAUAUCCUCUUUCACAGAAGGUAAAGCUUUCUAUCUUUUGGGAAAUGAGAUACAAAAUCCCCCCAUGCUGGGGAAUAUUCUAUCUUUCACAUUUUAUUUUCAACUAUUGACCUAUCACUUCAUUUCUGACAUAUCAAAGGAGAUAGAAAUGGUUGUUAGUAAUCAGUGGUCACAUAUUUCAUAGCAUUGUCUCUCUCUUUCUCUUCUGUGAAUACUCGUAUAGCUUCUGUAGACCCAUAUCUUGUAAAAACUUACUCUCUUAUGUCAUAAUAAACCAAUUGUCCUUUAC